AUGCAUCGUUUCUCGUCGUUCGAUAAAAUUCUUCACAUUGUCGCCUACUGUCUUCGUUUCUCGAAAUCACGUCCUUCUGCAUUCACACAGAUUGUUAAUGCGAGUGAACGAGAACGAGCCUUGUUGGGCUUAGUGUAUUCUGUCCAACAAACAUCAUAUUCCGAAGACAUAUCUUCGUUAAAAAACGGAUUGCGUUGCUCCCCUGCCAUUAGGAAGUUGGAUCCUUUCAUUGACGAAAAUGGACUUCUCAGAGUGGGCGGGCGUCUCACGAAUGCUGAUCUUCCGUACUCUCACAAACAUCCACUUCUCUUGCCAUGUCAAAGUCGAUUAACGUUGUUACUCAUUGACUAUCAUCAUCAGCGACUGAAGCAUCCCGGAUGCGCAUCCCUUCAAGCGCAUCUACAACGUGAAUUUUGGAUACCGUCUGUACGGAAGAUUAUUCGAUCUCGGAUACGGCUCUGUAUCUCGUGUUUCCGCACCAGGCCCCGUGCUGUUCAGCCAAAGAUGGCCAGUUUGCCGAGUUUUCGGGUGCAGCAAGUGAAACCGUUUGCAAUAACCGGAGUGGAUUAUGCUGGACGAGUCACGUUGAAGGAAGCACGUGGACGAAGGUCGAUUCCAAAGACAGCAUACAUUUGCCUGUUUGUUUGUACCACCACAAAAGCGCUCCAUUUAGAGCUGAGUUCGGAUUUGUCCACAGAAUGUUUUCUGAUGGCAUUUACUCGAUUUUCUUCCAGACGCGGACCCAUCAAGGAAUUACACAGUGACUGCGGGACAAAUUUCGUCGGAGCGUCACGAUUAUUGACACCCCUACAUCAAUUCACUCAUUCGAAAAGUUUUCAAGACAGUGUUCAUCAGCACCUCGCUAAACACCAAAUAACUUGGCACUUCAAUCCUCCCGCAUCUCCCCAUUUUGGUGGUUUGUGGGAAGCCGGAGUAAAAUCCGCAAAGUCAUUAAUUAUUCGGUCUAUUGGAUUGCACAAAUUGACAAGUGAGGAAUUUUUGACACUUCUCACUCAAAUAGAGGCAACAUUGAAUUCUCGCCCAUUGUGUGCUAUCAGCAACGACCCUGGUGACUUACAAGCGUUGACGCCCAGUCAUUUUUUGACUCUUGAACCUUCCACCUCGCUUCCAGAACCAAGUCUUGUCAAUCAACCUAUGUCAAAGUACCAGCGAUGGCGCCUCAUUACUGAUUUACAUCAUCAUUUCUGGACCAGAUGGAAGAACGAAUACCUCAGUAGUCUUCAACUUCGUAGAAAAUGGACAGAACCAGGUCAAAACUUGAGCGUUGGCGAGCUUGUCCUCGUGAAAGAAGCGACGCAUCCUCUUCAGUGGCGGAUUGGACGAAUACGUGAACUCCAUCCUGGCUCCGAUGGGACUUCCAGAGUGGCCACUUUAGAAACUACUUCUGGACCAUUGACACGCCCAGCUGUCAAGCUCUGUCCACUCCCAAUGUCUUGA